UUAGCAUCAAAUGUUUGCCUACCUUAAUCACCGACUUAGUGGUGCUGAUCAAGAACCUGUCUAUGACCGAAGAUCGACUCCUGAUGAUGACGACCCCAUAACUGAACCACAAUCAGACGAGUCUGAUGAUUCGGAUGAAGGAGAGGAGCUGCACAGUCGAUCACUGAGCAUUUCACCAGCCACACUGGCUAAUGCAUUAGAAAUAAAUGACAUACAUGAUCGCAAUGGUUUGGCUUCUGCUCAGUUGAAUGAGUUUUUAACCGAUUUAGUUCAAAAGGAAUAUGUUUGGAAACUUAAACAAUGUGACAUUAAGCAGUUUAUUUCAGAGGUGACAGGAAAAGUUGCGGAAACUUAUGGAGGAUCGAUUCCAAAGGAAAUCAAUAAGGAAGUGCUUAUAGAGUCACUCCCAACAGAGCAAUGUUUUCUUGUUCAAAUAGGUCACAAAGUGCAAUCAUCAAGUUUUAUCAAGUUUUGGCAGAAUUAUGAUGUGGAUGGUUCAGGUUAUAUUGAAAUUAAAGAAGUAAGGCUUUUGGUGAAAGACUAUGCCCAAGUUGCAGGUGAGGAUAUUUCUGGGUACCGUCUUAACAGAGCCAUUGAACAUAUGAUGAAGGACUUAGAUACAAAUCAUGAUGGGAAAAUUGAGCUCGAAGAAUUGACACAACUUAUGAAUGUUGAAAAUAACUUUAUGAAGAAUUUCUUUGGUCGCCAGCUUUUGCACAGGAAAGAUUUCGAUAGGAUUUUUAGCCAUUAUGAUACUGAUGGUCAAGAAUGCCUAGAAAAAAGCGAAGUCAUGGCCUUGAUAAACGACAUCUUAAAACACCUGGAAACAUCCGGUAAAAAUGUUCCCAUUCCUCUUCUACAAAAGACUUACGCUCAAGUUAUGAAAAUAUGUGAUGUAAACAAUAGUGACACUAUACAAAAGCGUGAAUUAGCUCUUCUGCUGUCUUGUUUUAAUUUACAAUAAUUGUUUUUUGGAAAUAUUUGAUUUACAGUUUUUAAUUCUAUCUGAAAUAUUAAAUUAUUGUGUUGAGUGUUCUUUUACUGAAUUUUUGAAUAUUUCUUGACUUUUAGUUUUAGUUUAGAAAAAACGGUUUUUUGAAAUGUUUGAUUUAAAGUUUUUAAUUUUAUCUGAAAUAUCUUUAAUUAUUGUGUUUAGGUGUUUAGUGUUCUUUUUGACUUUUUGACUUUUUGACUUUUUGACUUUUUGAAUCCUUUCCUUACAUUUAACUUUGUUCAUUUUUAUAUCAGUCUUUUCCCAUUAUAAUUUCAGUUUUAAAUCAUUCAAUUUUCAUUACUAUUUGUUUGUUGGUAUCAACAUUCAACAAAUGUCUCAACUCAUUCUCUUAAGCUAACCCCAGUUAAUGAAUAAUGAAUAUCUGUUGAUACUGGGAUAACCUAGAUAUUUAAAUUUAUAGAAU